AUGGCGCAGGGCUGGUCUAACAAAAAUAGUAGGUUGAACCUGGCUGUGGAUGAACAGAAAGGGAAAAUUACCGAAAAAGUCAUUCUUUCACUGACAGCAAAGGAACACCAUAAGGCACAAGAAGAAGUGAACAGGCUGAUUGAUGAAUUGCAGACAGCUAUCAAAAGCAACAGAGGUCAUCUCUCUAAACUUGGCCCCCAAUUACAGGCUGAGCAGGAGCAAUUCUCCUCUUAUGUCUACGAACACAUUAAAAGCCUUUCAGCAAACACUCUUAUCCCAGGAGGCCUGCAGCUCAAGAUAUUUGAAAAUGGUAAAGACACUGGAGAGAUCUCUGUUUGUAUCAGCGAAAAAGAUCUGGGGCCCAAUAGCCCAAUUCCAACUGGCUAUAUGAUGGAAAGAUUACUUUUCAAGAUUCAUCGAAGACUUCAAGGUUCUUCCAUCAACCCACCAGGCCUCAAUUUUUCUUCAAUCCGGCUUUUCGACGAGCACGGUCAAGAAAUUAAGAAUCCACUUUCGCUGAAGAAUGAGCAAAAAAUUUGGGUCUCUUACGGUAAAGCAUACAGAUCUCCACUACACCCUGUUUUGGGUUUGACCUUUGACCAGGUGACUGCAUUUGCCAGAGGUGGCAUUACAGUUGCAUAUAAAACCUUCUUGGAUCCUAAUGCUGUUCUACUACUGGGAUGUGACAGUUGGGAAGUUUGUGAGGGAUUUCCAAUUAAUUUCAAUGGCACCAGUCAACAGAUACCUGAUCAAUUUGAAAAGGUGGACUUGGAGAACCAUUUCCUACAGAACAAAGUGAACCCCAAUAUUGUCCUUCAUGCCUCUGUUUCCAUCAGAAGGCGGGAUUUCUCAAGUGGUGAAGAGAGCAGUGGGACUCAGAUAGCACCAUCGACCCUGUGGCCUGCAGCCAGUGUGUGGCUGAUCACAAAGGCUUAUCCUCAGUUUGUUCUGACCUACCUAGAGGAGCUAAAUGCACAUGACGUGACCCAGACAGAGUAUCACCUUCACCAUGGUGCCUGGACCACAGCUCAUCAAGAACAUGGCAGCAGCUUAGCAGAAGAGGCUCUGCAAAAAAGUGCCAGUAUCCCUGGUCUGAAGCAGCUGCCAGAGCCUUCAGAGACCCACUUAAUGCCAGAAGGUUCUCUUGGGGAGACAGGGGAGCUGACAGUGGCUCUGGUGAAGAAACUGGAAGAGAAACAUCCUAAGGCUUCUGCUCAGAGGUGGGCCAUAAAACAUGAAGGGACUGGUAAGCCAGGCCAGUGGAAACAUUCCAGAGUUGAAAACCCUCUCUGGAAUAAGCUUACCUACAUGUGGCCAGUCCUUCCCAGUGGCCAACUUAAUGAGGAGUUUGAUUGGCCAAUAGAAGGGCUGCUACUUCCAAAUGGUCCUCCCAUGAAGAAACCCAUCUCUAAGACAUUGGAGCAAUAUGUCCCUGUGAGACUCAGAGUUUUGCGGAAUGGAGACAAGAACAAAACCAGAGCCCUUAUUAUAAUCAGUCCAGACAUCUCACCUAGGCGGAAAAUGCAGUGCACUGAAAUUUUAAAUUUACCUUCUGCAGCUCGGAGAUUGUUCAGUGAAAAGGGGAAGGAAAUCUUUGCCCUAAAAGACCUUCAAAGAGAUGAACUGGUGUAUGUUUCAUGUGGAGAACAUUGGAUCAGUCCUGAUCUGUCCAUUGCUCAGCAGAAGAAGCAAAUCUUCCUGAGGAACUUAGCAUCAGAUAUUUCUAAAAUUCAAACUUUCUGCAGUACACGUAAGAUAGAGGCUCUUGUUUUAGAAGUCCAAAGUGAUGUUGUGUUGGGAGCCAAGCUUGCUGUGCGGAAACCAAGUUUUGGAGAAGAGAAGCAAAUUAUAGAACCAGAGGAAAAGCAAGUGCAAAAAAAUGCUUUAACAUCGGGAAAUGCUUCCAGUGAAAUUCUAGAUUCACAUGCAAGAGCCCAUCUCCAAAUGAAGGCUUGUCACACACUUCUCAGGUAUGCCUGGCAGGAAACUUCUCAUAACUUUGAUGAAGAUGACAGUCUUCCAAAGAAAAUGGAAGAAGAGCUCUUUGAAAAUGUGGAACCAGAGAAGAAAUACAGCCAUUCUCCAAAACAGAGUAAACUGCAGAAGGUGUGCCACCAGCAGUUUGAAUACAGAGAUGGGCAAAUUAUAAGCUAUGCUUCUCCUCAGCUAGUCUUGGGAAUGCAAGGCCCCAACCUGCAUUCAGGCAUGGAGGUUGUUUUGGUGGAGAAAAAAGCAGAUGAUAGUCAUCAACACUGGAGGCACAAGGAAGACAGCAGGACCUUUCACCUGGUGAGUAACCCAGACCUGGUACUGGCAGUGUCUAUGACCAAGGCUGGAGAUGAAGUCUGUGGCUAUCCGGUUAUUGCUCAGAAAUACAAACCACAUAACAAUGGGACUUCUAAUCAAAAGUGGAAUUACAUGACAAAUAUGAAAGCUUUUAUGGCCUUUCAUAGCACUACACUGGAUAAGGAAGUCACAGCAGCAAAUUAUGCUGGUAUUUGUACAUCCUCUGUGAUUAAAGAAAAACACAUUGAUCAACCAGGAUACUAUUAUCUCUCACCCAGUGGAAAGAAAAAAACAAUGCUCUGUUUGGCAUGUGGGCAAUCCAUGAGAGCAGAGAAGAGACUGAAACAGUUGCUUCCAGGGCUGUCAUUCCUCUGUGCCUCAGGCUCCGAGACCCAGAAGCCCUUCUCACAAGGACCUUUCAAGGUCAUCGAUGUGGCCAGAGCUGAUUUAUCUUCUUCUGAGGCCGAAAACACUUUAAGUUAUUAUGAAGAACGUCUGUUAUCUUUAUGGAUGAAGACCUGCACGCAAGGUGUAUCUCAUAGUGGCAUGGCAGCUACUCACCGGAAGGCAGUGAAAAUAAUUGCGUACAAAAAUGGAGAUGGAUAUCGAAAUGGGAAGUUAAUUGUGGCUGGAACAUUCCCCAUGCUGCUUGCAGAAUGCACGGAACAACUUGGUCUUGCCAGAGCAGCCUCCAAACUGUAUACCAAAGAUGGAACCACAAUCCUUUCCUUGUGGGAUUUGGUUUUAUGGGCUCUUGAUAAAUCUUUUAUCCAGAGAGACUCUGAGGGACAAAAGGAAGAGGCAGCCCCUGUUGGAACAAAAGAGACACCUGUUAAAAGAACCGCAAGAAUGAAAGUGAAAACCAAAUUAUUUCCAAAGUCUGUGACAUCUGAUAGUUUGGAUGAUAUAGAUAAGUCUUUGCUCACCCUCAUCCUCAGAAAUCCUAUUGCCAUCUGGGUAUCUUGCGGUGAACCAUUUCUAAGUCCGAAUGCCUUGAAGAAAGCAGAAAAAAUAAAAAAACAGAACUGGCUAAAAAAGGACAAAAUUUUGGCUGAUCUAGACACUAUGAAACACAAACUGAGACAGUUAAAAGGGCGGCGGGUAGCAGCAUGUCAGCCAGCCACCAUGGUUCCCAACAAAAGCCCUGUGCAGCCGGUGGUAGUGGAAGGAGGCUGGACUAAGCAGACUCAAGAGGAAAUUAAACUCAUGGACCUUAUAAGACGUACAGAGGCACAGCUUUCUGAAGUCCAAGAACUGCAAUCCAAGAGAAAUUCUCCAACUGCACCUAAAUGUAUGUCAUUCAAGAGGAGCAGCUUGUAUAAGCAGCCCAAUGCAAAACGAGCGUGGAUUUACCUAAAUGGAGGCAGACCUGAAGAUGGCACUUAUGCCCGGGGCAAAACUAUUUCAGAGCUGCUGAGUGACUGCUCCUCUCGUCUCAAACUGGCCCACCCAGCCAGAACACUGUACACCCCUGACGGAGAGCCAAUUCUCUCGUGGGACGACAUAGAGCAAGACAUGGUCAUCUGUGUGUCCACAGGGCAUGGCUUUAGAACCCAAAGAGAGUUAAAGCAACUGGUGGAGGUCAGAGCAAAUUAUGCCCGAAUCCGAAGGCAGCAGGGCCCUCAAGCCACAGACGCUGUGUUGUCACCAUCCACAAAGCUUCAAUCUCUGGUACCACUACACAGUGAAUUCCUGUCAGACCCAUCAUAG